AUGGAACCAGGACAGGAGAACAACACCAACUUUGCGGGAUUCAUUCUCCUAGGUUUUUCUACCUCACCCGAGUUCAGAGGACUUCUCUUCCCCUUCUUCCUCUGCAUGUACCUGCUUAGCUUACUGGGGAACCUCUUGAUCAUGCUGCUGAUCUUCUUCAAUAGUGAUCUUUUUCAUGCCCCCAUGUAUUUUUUCCUCAGUCACCUAUCAUUGGCUGACCUGGGAUUCAGUUCCAACGCUGUACCCAAGAUGUUGCAAAUCUUGGUCUCCCAGAAAAACACCAUAUCCUAUAGCGGAUGCCUCAGUCAAAUGUAUUUCUUUGUGGUCUUUUGUACCAGUGAUAACUUUCUCCUUGCCUCCAUGGCAUAUGACCGCUAUGUGGCUAUCUGCCGACCACUUCAUUAUUCUAUCAUCAUGAGCUACAAGCAUUGCCUGAUCUUGGCUGCUGGAUCUUGGCUCCUCUCGUUUUCCCAAGGCCUAUUAUAUGUAUUUACAAUAGCUAAUUUUUCUUUCUGUGGUUCCCGGGAGAUCCCUCAUUUCUUCUGUGACCUCCAUCCUUUACUCAAACUUUCCUGCUCAGACACCUCUUCUGCUGAAACACUGCUCAUGAUUGAAGGGACUGCAACCAUGCUUGGGCCCCUUAUACUCAUCUUUCUCUCCUACAUGUUGAUUAUGUUGAAGGUGUUGAAAGUUCCUUCAGCUUCUGGGAAGUACAAAGCCUUCUCCACUUGCACAGCACACAUCACCACUGUUGCUUUGUUCUAUGGGACUCUGAUUAUCACCUACAUCCGCCCAUCCUCCACUUAUUCUGGUCCUAGGUUGAAAGCGGCUUCAAUAUUCUACACUGUGGUGAUCCCCAUGCUCAAUCCUUUCAUAUACAGCCUGAGGAACAGUGGGAUUCAUGGGGCCAUGAGGAAAUUACUAAGGAUCUGGGUGCAGAAGAGGGAAAUCAGAGCAGAACUGAGAGUGCCUCAUAAGAAACUUGGAGCCCCUUUGGAAAACAAUGGCUGCCAUUUAGUACUUUUGGAUCCAUCUGAAAUACAGAGCAGAGACGUAGACAAGAACUUGAAUCAAACGACAUUUGCUGGAUUCAUCCUCCUGGGUUUCUCCUCCUCACCAGACCACCAAGGUUUCCUCUUUCCCAUCUUCCUCUCUAUGUACCUGCUUUGUCUGCUAGGAAACCUCUUGAUAAUCUUGCUGAUCUUCUCCAGUACCAACCUCCUCCAAGCUCCUAUGUAUUUCUUCCUCUGUCACUUGUCACUGGCUGACCUGGGAUUUAGUUCUGCUGCAGUGCCCAAACUGCUAUACAACUUAGCGACCCAGACAAAAGCAAUAUCCCAAAAUGGUUGCCUGACACAGAUGUAUUUCUUUGUGAGUUUUGCUACCACAGAUAAUUUCCUCCUGGCCUCCAUGGCGUAUGACCGCUAUGUAGCCAUCUGCCACCCCUUGCAUUAUGCCAAGAUUAUGAGCUUCAAGUACUGCCUUGUUUUGGUUGCUGGAUCUUGGCUACUAGCCCACUCUCAUGCCUUGUUAUACACCCUGUUGGUAUCUAAUUUUACCUUCUGUGCUUCUCAAGAAAUCUCCCAUUUUUUCUGUGACAUCCACCCUUUAUUGAAAAUCUCUUGUUCUGACACCUCCAUUGUUGAUAAGCUUCUUGUCAGCGAAGGGACAGCAAUUGUCCUUGGGCCUCUGCUUCUCAUUCUUUUCUCUUAUGCCUUCAUUGUCCUGAAGGUGGUGAAGCUUCCAUGUAAGUCCAAAAAGUACAAAGCUUUCUCUACUUGCAGUGCCCACCUCACCACUGUGGCUUUGUUCUAUGGCACGGUGAUAGGUACCUACCUCUGCCCCUCAUCUUCCUAUUCUGCCUCGAGGCUGAGAGUGGCAUCAAUAUUCUAUACAGUGGUCACCCCUAUUCUCAAUCCUUUCAUAUACAGCCUGAGGAACAGUGAGAUGCAUGCAGCCAUCAAGAGACUGGUUACAAAAGAGGUGGGUUUCAGCAGGUUCUGA